AUGAACGGCGACAGCUAUUCUUCUCGGGACGCCCGUCAUGGCUCAUCUCGGGAUUAUCCUCGCGAUGACCGCCGAGACCGAGGUGAUCGACGAGACCGAAGGCGAAGUAGAUCUCCUCGUCGGUCGCAUCGUGAUGGUAGGGAUGAGGAUGCUUAUGCUUCUAGUCGAAGCCAUCGAGACCGUGAGCGCGAAGAUCGAUACGGAGGCGGCCGAGAUCGUAGAGAUCGAGAAUGGGAUCGCGACCGGGGCUCGAGGAGAGACAAUCGUCGCGAGGAGGUUGCACGACCACCUCGACGCGACCGCGACUUGUUUGAGGAGAGGCGUGGUGGUGCCGGUGCCGGUGCUGGCGCUGGCGCUGGUGCUGGCGGUGGUGAUAGACGGGAUCGCGAAAGGAUUGAUCGGAUGCGAGAUGAAGACCUCUUCGCGCAGAAUCGACGAGGGCGUAGUCCAACACCGCCACCUAAAAAGCGGGAGCCGACCCCAGAUCUGACCGACAUCGUUCCUGUUUUAGAGCGCAAGCGACGUAUGACACAAUGGGACAUUAAGCCCCCGGGCUACGAGAAUGUCACAGCUGAACAAGCUAAGCUAUCCGGAAUGUUCCCUCUUCCUGGGGCGCCCAGACAACAACCCAUGGAUCCUACGAAGCUACAGGCUUUUAUGAACCAGCCGGGUGGAACGGUGAACAGCGCGGCAUUGAAACCAGGCAAUUCUCGACAAAGCAAGAGACUUAUCGCGUACAAUAUUCCUCCAGGUUCGACCGAGGAGAGUAUCAUGGGCUUCUUUAACCUUCAGUUAAACGGCCUCAAUGUUGUCGAGAGUACCGAUCCCUGUGUCCUAUGCCAAAUCUCCAAGGAUCAGUCAUUCGCCCUUCUUGAAUUUAGACACGCUUCUGAAGCUACUGUUGCUCUCGCUCUCGAUGGUAUCUCGAUGGAGCCCGAUGAUGCUACGAACGGUUCGGCUAAUGGGAGCGGGCAUGGCUUAAAAAUACAACGGCCAAAGGACUACAUUGUGCCUGCUGUUGCCGAAGAGACCCCGUAUAAACUUGGUGUCGUUUCUAACGUCGUCAUUGAUACCCCCAACAAAAUUAGUAUCACAAACUUGCCCCCUUAUCUCAACGAAGAACAAGUUAUGGAGCUUCUGACCUCAUUUGGCGAACUUAAAGCGUUGACCUUGGUCAAGGAUACGGGAACCGAAGAAUCUCGCGGCAUCGCAUUCUGCGAAUUUGUGGAACCUGCUGCGACGGACAUUGCGAUUCAAGGUCUAAACAACAUGCUUAUCGGCGACAAGAAUCUCAAAGUGCGAAAAGCUAGCAUAGGAAUUACCCAAGUAGCUGGUGUGGAAAUGGGUGUUAACGCUAUGUCUAUGCUCGCAGGCACCACUGCCAAUGACUCAGAGGAGACUCGGGUGCUGCAGUUACUCAACAUGGUGACGCCAGAGGAAUUAAUGGACAACGACGAUUAUCAAGAAAUAUGUGAGGAUGUCCAAGAAGAAUGCUCCAAAUUUGGCCAUGUGCUGGAUAUCAAAGUACCACGACCUACUGGUGGUAGUCGACAAUCUGCGGGAGUUGGGAAGAUUUACGUUAAAUAUGAUACGACUGAGUCGGCGAAGAACGCUCUGCGAGCUCUUGCAGGCCGAAAAUUUGCUGAUCGUACAGUCGUAACGACAUAUUUCCCAGAGGAGAAUUUCGAAGUAGGAGCAUGGUAA